AUGUCGAGAUUGAUCGGGUUGAUCCUGAAUUUCCUCACCAUAUGUCUGUCCAAGCACCUCGUGCUGGUACGAAACUGCGACCAUAACCAUUUCAUGUCGACCGGACCCUACAAUAUGACCCGAAAGGAGCUACCGCCGGUCGAGUUGGGGAAAACCUUUCAUUGCUUUACCCUGAAACAAGGUUAUAAAAAGCUCGACAACGGCCAGGAGAUGUGGUGGCUUGACGGGAAGAGGAACGGAAAACGAUUUCAUAUACCUCCGACGAAUUGCACGCAAAAAGAGAUGACGACAUUGUCAUUUGCAAAACAGGUUUGGCGGCAUGGAACCCCUGACGAUGUCAAUAUUCACUUCCAUCAUGGCUAUUGGGAGAAUGAUAAAACGAUACUGGCGUCUUCAAUGGCUUGCAUGAAUACACCGCCGAUCCCGUCUUCGCCGCCCGUGAAUCAGGCAGCACCAGCAAAACGAAAUCGAUUGAGCGGCGCGACGUAUUACGGCCUCUUUCAAGAACGGGCAAAAGACUGUCGACGACACUUGGAUGGUAUGCGAACAAGGAUGACCGAUACUGAAUCUUCUAUCAAUGCACGGGCAAAGCUA